ACAGAGAAACACAGAGAACAGCUGAACGCUGGUCAUAUCCAGUGCUCUCUGAAUCUGUGAAGAGCUCGCUGACAGAGGUAGUCAUCAUCAUCAUCAUCAUGAUCAUCAAUAGGCAGUGUCUCUUUGAUUUCAGCACAUGGAUUGUCAUGUUUUCCCUGAGAUUAUUCCUGACCUCUGCGCUGCCUCUGAAAGACAGUUGUGUGCUUGUGGGUCCAGAGAUCCCGGAUUAUCGAGUUCAAGGUGAAGCAGUUAUCAUCAGAUUCCCUUUUCUUGAAGAUGCGAUUAAUUACAGGAGACUGGGAGUGGACAACAGCUCAAGCUUCCAUGUCCAUCACCAGAGCCUGAGGAGCGAGAGGAUUGAAGGAGUGAUGCUGAGCGAGCGCAGGAUCCUGCUUCUCCCGUCUCACCCCUCACACUCUGGGACAUACACCUACAUCUUCAGGAGCAACACGUUCUGCCUCACUGGAAGUAUUACAGUAAUGAUCUACGAGGAAGAAGAGCCCAACAUUACUGUGAUGCCCUACACCGCACGCGCAGGAGAAGAUACAGAGAUCGUCUGUCCACAUUUAAAAUAUUUCAAAAGGUCAGAAAGUCCAAAGUGGUACAAGGAUUUUCAGAGCACAGCUCUCCCUAUAAGCAAAGGACAGUAUACAGUCAAGAGAGACAUAAUUCUGUCCAUCAAAAACAUCUCUGUGAAAGACGAGGGCUUCUACACUUGUAGGCUAAGUGUGAUAUUCAACAAUACCCAGUAUAACGUGAGCAGGACCUGGAGAGUUCAAGUGACAAUCCCAGUAUCAGAAGCGGUCACCUCUAACAGUCUCAGUGCUUUCACAUCAUCAAGUCAUCCAUUCCCUUACAUUGUCUUUCCUGCAAAUGGAUCUUUCAUUGAAAGUCAUUUUGGUGCUCGUUUGGUGAUCCAGUGCAUGGUGUCUGUUGGAAACCAGCAAGCUCAGUCCACAAUUGUGACAUGGGUGGUUAAUGACCAGCCAGUUGAAAACUCUUACCUGGGUGGACGGGCUUUUCAGACAGAUAAGAGUCUCUCAGGCAAGCAUCUGGAGGUGCAGCUGGUUAUCUCUGAGCUUCUGGAAGAGGACAAUGGGACAGAAUUGAAAUGCAUAUGUCAAAAUGAAGACCAGAAACAGGAAGUUGUCACUCAAAUCAAACUUGGAGGCUCUGAGUCUGUGUGGUUGGUGGGAGCUGCAGCAUCCUCAUGUUUUAUUCUAGUGGUGUGUGUUUUUGCAUACCAUUUGUGCCAAGGGCCACAGAAACCAAGGGACUAUGUUCUGGCUCGACAGGACAGCACCAUUUGAAGAUGGCUUCCACUUUACAUCUUCAAUAGUACACCUAUCUUCAUCAUGUUUUAGUUACUUUGAUCUUUUGUGUUGAAUUGGUCUUUUGUUUUAAAUUUGUUUUCCUAGAUCUUGCCUCACAGUUCUCUCUCAAACUGUUUUCGGGUUUUUCUUGUUUCUUGCAAUCAUUACUCCCACAUACACAGGCACAUAUUUUUAGCAUUUGUUUGGUCUGUUUUGUUUGUAAAUUGGCAAGACUUGGUUCCUUGUAUUUUGCUUUAAAAUAAAGCAGCAAUUGGAUCCAUUUAACUUCUGUUUUUUGAGCUAUUAGUAGAACAUCUGUUCAGACUUCAGUUCUCAUCUUUUUUUGUGAAAAAAUUCAUAUAUGACAAAAUAUGGAAAUUUUGAUCAAAUGUUGGCAGACAACAUCUGCUUUGGCCACUAUUUUAUAUAUCUACAGCAGUCCUCCCCAUUAUUUCAGAUAUAUAACACAUACUAUUAUUCUUCCUCAGUUCCAAUCAUGUAAGUCAAGUUUAUUGU